AUGACCUGGGAGAUGCAGGGAAGAACUUUUAGCCAUAACAUGUUCGUCCUCAACCUGGAGCCUUAUGACAUGAUCGUGGGGGUGGACUGGAUGGCAGCGCAUAGCCCCAUAACUUUUGACUUCAAGAACCUGAUCAUGGUCUUCGAUCAGGAUGGAGAUCAGGUGCUAUUGCAAGGUGACACUAAUGAGACAACACUCAACUUGCCAGCAGAUCACAUUGAAGGGGAAGAAUGGAGUCCCAAGCUAUGGAAGAGAUCAUGUGGCAUUAGGCUGUCAGAAGCUCAGGAUAAGUUUCCAAUACCUAUCAUUGAUGACUUACUAGAUGAAUUAUUUGGUGCAAAGUUCUUUCCCAAAAUUGAUUUGAGGGCUGGUUACCAUCAAGUCUGGAUGCAUCCUGAUGAUGUGCACAAGACAGCUUUUAGAACACAUCUUGGACUUUAUGAGUUUACUGUUAUGCCUUUUGGUCUCACUAACGCCCCAGCCACUUUUCAAAGCCUCAUGAACUCAGUUUUUGAACCUUACCUGAGGCACUUUGUCCUUGUUUUCUUCGAUGACAUACUUGUCUAUAGCUCUGAUUUGGAUUCCUACCUUAAUCACCUUCAAAUAGUACUUGACACCCUCAGGAAACACUCCUUGUUUGCCAAGCUCUCCAAAUGCACUCUUGGACAGUCCCAGGUAGAGUAUCUCGGUCAUAUUAUAUGUGGUGAAGGAGUAAUGGCAGAUCCUGCAAAAAUUAAGUGCAUGGUGGAGUGGCCAGUUCCCAAAUCAGUAAAGUCAUUAAGAGGUUUCCUUGGACUCACUGGAUAUUACAGGUGUUUUGUGAAAGGGUAUGGACUGAUAACCAAGCCUCUAACAGAAUUACUCAGAAAGGAUGAAUUCACAUGGAACCAAGAGGCUGAGCUAGCUUUCCAGAAGCUUAAGCAGGUGAUGAGUAGCACCCCAGUCUUGGCAUUGCCAAAUUUCUCUGAGGACUUUGUUCUGGAAACCUAUACCAGUCACAACGCAUUAGGGGCAGUGCUCAUGCAAGGGGGACAACCAAUAGCGUUCAAAUGGCUCACCAGAUUGCUGGGGUUGGAUUAUGAUAUACAUUACAAAAAGGGGAAGGAGAACCUAGUUGCAGAUGCUUUAUCGAGGAGGGGGUAUGAGGAUGAUGAAGGUGACAUGGAGGGAGCUGUGAAUACAAUUUCUGUGGCUAAGCCAUCAUGGCUGAUGGAAGCCAUAGAUACGUAUAAGGGAGACGAAAAGGCUACAGAACUCUUGAGAGCACUGGCCAUGCAACCAGAUUCCUGUUCUGAUUACUCCUUAAAAGGAGGAAUAUUAAGGUACAAGGAAAGGAUCUACAUUGGAGCUAUAGGUAUGAAGAAGGAUAUUGAGGAAUGGGUGCAGAACUGUGAUUGUUGUAAGAGGAAUAAGCCGGAGAACUGCAAGUACCCCGGAUUGCUACAAUCUCUACCAGUUCCAAACCAGGCUUGGCAGAACAUUUCCAUGGAUUUUGUGGAGGGACUUCCUAAAUCUGCUGGAUAUGAUGGCAUGUUUGUAGUCAUUGACAGGUUUACUAAGUACGGGCACUUCAUGGCACUAACUCCAAAAUAUACAGCUUCUACUAUUGCCACCUUGUUCUUUGAAAAUGUGCACAAGUUACAUGGACUGCCACUCAGUAUUGUUUCAGAUAGGGAUAAAAUUUUUACAAGCACAUUCUGGCAGGAGUUGAUGGGCAAGCUAGGUGUUGAACUGCAGUUCUCUACUACUUACUAUCCACAGACAGAUGGCCAGACAGAAAGGUUGAACAGAUGCCUUGAGACGUACCUCAAGUGCUUGUGUUUUCAGCAGCCUCACAAGUGGAAACAAUGGUUGGCUGCAGUAGAGUGGUGGUAUAAUACCAACUAUCACACAGCACUACACAUGACUCCCUUCCAAGCAUUGUAUGGUUACCCUCCAUCACAACUAGGCCUAGAUGCUGUAAGGUCUCCGGUGGUAGCAACGGAUUUAUGGUUAGGAGAUAGAGUGAAGUGGAAUAAGAUGCUUUAG